AGAGAUUUAGUUUUAUUUCCUAAAUAUUGUAAUAGAUGUAAUAAGAAUGAAACUGGUUUGGUUAGGAAGGGCAAACUUCAUGAUUUCAUGUCAUCAUCAAGCUAAAAGUAUUGGACAGUAUUUUUUGUUUUGUUUGUGUUGCUGUCAUCCCUGAGCAUUGCUGUGUCAGUGUUUCAUUGUCUGCAGAACAGAAGACUAUCGAUGAUGACUAAUGCUACUCUGCACCUCUGUGGUGUUUGGGUUUCGUGUCUAACUCUUGGUUUACAGCCUGCACCUGGAAAGUCCCACCCCCUCACCAGGAAACAGCUCUCUUUWAAAAGCUCUGCACUCUGACUGCUGCUGCAGUACAACCCUAGUUCACUCAGCAGACAACAGAUCUGUACAAUGGAUCUGCUCUUGACCGAGGAUGAGAACCGCAAACGGAUCCGGAAGGUGGAGAAUUCCUUUGGCCCAUCAGGGAUGCCCUUGUCCAUUCCGGGUCGRGUUCUGAUUGGGGAGGGCAAGCUGAGAAAGCAGGGUCGUAAGAAGCAGGAGCUGAAGGCUUUCUUCCUCUUCAACGAUGUCCUGGUGUACGGCAGCGUCAUCAUGAACGGACGCUGGUACAAGAAGCAGAAAGUCAUUCCUUUGGAGGAUGUCGAGAUAGAGGACUUGGAGAACAGUGAGUCCAUGCAGCACCAGUGGUUGAUCAGCACACCUCGCAAGUCCUUCUUUGUGUCUGCCACUACGGGUCUUGAAAAGCAGGCCUGGAUGGAGCACAUCAGGGACUGUCGGAGCAGAGUGCUGGAGGACAAGGACGUCAAGCCGAGCGCCAACUAUGCCAUGUCCUGGAUUCCAGACAAGGCAGCCCAGAAAUGCAUGCGCUGCCUCAAGAAAUUCUCGUACAUCAACCGUAAACACCACUGCAGGAAGUGCGGCUUCGUGGUGUGCAACGAGUGCUCCAGGAAACGGGAGUUCAUCAAAUAUAUCAACUCCAAUCACGAGGUGAGGAUCUGCAAGGUCUGCUACGAAAUAGAUGAGGACGACAAGGACAAAGACAGCUCCCGACAGAGAGGAGACAGCUCGGGAAUGCACAGCUCCAAGGAGGAGGAGGAGGAGGAGGAGGGAGCAAUGUCCAGUGAUGAAGAGCAGAUCCAGACAUCGAGCAGCUGGCUGGACACCAAAACAGGCACCUGGGGGCGACUGAGUGCAAUCUGUUCAUAAACCGUGACUCUGAUCGGACUUUUCAAGUCUCUCAAAGUCGGCUUUAAUCCAGGAUUGAAGGCAGUUUCUGCCACUGAGCAGCAUGUGAACAAACAUUAUGYUACUUCUGCAACUGAUCAUCACUCCAUCUAUUCAUCUGUCAUAUGUAUCAACAUCAAAUUGUUUUUAUUUAAUCUUCUAAGGCAAACUCUUGCAUUGCAUGCAUUUUUGUCCACAUAUGUGGCACCAGGUCCUAGGAUUUGGCUUCAUAAAUUGAUCAGUUGCACUGAUUUCUAAAAAUGGGCCAUUAAAAUACAAAUCAGUCUAUAUCCUGUAGUAUAUUUUCAUGGUAUGUUUUAGGUUGUGUAAGAGAAAACAAAGAAGCUCUGUGCCUUCUGUCUGUAAAAUUGCCACCUUUGACUAAACCAUUUAGGUUGUGAAGCAUAAAGCUCAACGUGACUCAUUGUUUUGAGGUGAAUGUACAGAAAAAAAAACGAGUUAAACAGUGAAUUUGUCACCUAACAGGUUGUGGUCUGACACUUGUCAACAACUUGUCCUUUAAAUGGAUAAAAUGUAAAAGAUAUUAAUAGACAAUUCUUUCAUCUAAAUAAAACAAAUUAUCUCAUAAAAUCAUUUUAAAAAUGUGACAAUGUAAAUAUCUUACUUACUGUUUGUGCUGCACUUUUUGCACUCUGCUGUGAUUCCAUCACAAAGUUUUGUAUUUGUACAGGUUAAUUUUUGUAUAUUCAAAUAUUGUGUACUGUAAUGACUUGUUAUUCUUCAUUUACAAGGCUGUGAAUAAAUCUUAU